UUUCUCCAUAGCUUUGUGUGCAUAAGGUACAAUCUUAGUUUUCCAUCUGCAUUAACCUUUUCUUUCCUCAUCUUCGUCUUCACAGGGUAAAGUCUUUUUCUUCCAACUGCAUUUAUCUUUUCUUCCGUGCAAUGUCAAUUUAGCAUGACUUGUAACUAUAUCGUCUCUCCCUUCAUCACAGUGGUACCUUUACACACCUUUCUCCUGUUCUCAGGUGGGCAAAGAUGUUGACACACCGAACGUAAAUGGUCAAAUCAUAGUUGUGCCUCUGCCUUUGCUGCCAGAGCCAACCAGGACCACCGCCACCACCGUUCCUUUGAUUGACCCAAUCGUUGUUUCUGCUUUGUUUCUCUCUCAAGUCCAGCAAAAAAAAAAAAAAUAAUAAUUCCAGCUCGUGUAGGGCAACCUGUAGUCUAACAUGAAACUCUGUCUACAUCUCAGUCUUCUCUUCUUCUUCCAUCAUAGUCUGGCUCCUCUGCCUCCACAUCGCGUGCCCUGAACAAACCCUCGCCUUAGUCUGCACUUGAAUUUCUGUUCCAGUCUGGUGUUGGGCAACCCGCAAUCCAACAUGAAGUUCUGUCCACCACCCAGGCUCUUUCACCAUCACAGUCUGGAUCGUCUUCGUCCACGUCUUCUCAGUCUGCACUUGAAUCCACAACUGAACUUGCACCCCUUCCAGCACCCCUGCCUGCUCCUCUCCCUGCACCCUUACCAGCACCUCUCCCUGCAUCCGUGCCUGGGGCUGAACUCGCACCCCUGCUUCCACCUCAGCCCACAAUGCAAUCCUCGUCUAACCGCAUUGUCCAGUCCACAGCCUCUUCAACCCAACCUCCCCCAGAGUCUUCAUCCCUAGCUACCCGAGAGCCCUUCUUACCUACAGUGUCGCCAGGGGGCACUCAGCGAGGUUUUCGUCCCACCGUUGCACCCUCUACUCGCCAAGAUUUCCGCCCUACCGUGCCCUCCCAUUUACGGAACGAGGAGGUCUUUCUUCCUACGGUGCCUCCAUCCUCGGCGAGGGCAGACAGGCAUGGAAGUUCUUACCCCAGGGUCUCCCCUCCUUCGCUGUAUUUACCUCCAGAUGUUGAGUUUCCUGUGUACUCAGCUCCUCGUUCAUCCGCCGAGGAAGACAAGAAUAACCCUAGCCAGCCAAGUGGUAACAAAUACUACUACUCAUCCAGCAAGUCAACUAGUCAUCACACCAACUACUCAUCACCUGCCCACUCUCACUACUCGUCUGGUGAGUCAAAGGACCACAAAACGCGCUACUCAUCAGCUGACUCAACCGGGCAUCACGCCCACUACUCCUCCGGUGAGUCAAGUAGCCACAAGACACAUUACUCAUUGGAGAAAACAGCUGGCGAUCACACCAACAACCCCCCUCCUGUGGCUAGUGGCUACCAAACCCCCGCGCUGUAUUCCCUGCCAAAAUCUCAAGCAAAGUCGCCUCAUCAGAAACCCGGGUACGUAGCUUCUCGACACACCCAAACCUCGGUCACCAAAGAAUAUGUGUCCUCUGUUGGUGGUUCAUCCAAUUUAACACACUACAACUCCCUCGGCCAUCCACAGAGCCAGUAUCCAACCCCUCCAUACAUUCAUACUUCUGUGACUCAGGAAUACGUGCCCCCAGUUGGUGUUCCAGAUAGUCCGUCAUCAAGGUAUAUUCAGCCCCAGUUACAUGUUGCUCAUCACGGUCAGUACCCAGUUAAUCUGGUACAGUCAUCUGGGAUUCAACAGGCUGGCUCUCCAGUCAUCCAAUCAGAUUUGUUAAGUCAGCAAGGCCAGUUCCCAGCCACUCAUCAAGCCCAAUUUCCAGCUCCACAACAAGGUCAGUUUCCGGCUUCACACCAAGGAAGCUACCCAGUCAAUCAACCAGCUCAGUUUCCAGCUCCACAAGCCCAAUUCCUCAAUCAUCAACCGCAGUUGGCAGCCCCUCAGAGCAUACAAUUUCCAGGAACUCAGCCAGCCAAUUUACCUGUUACGCAAGCCCAUUUCUCAGAUUCUCAAGCUGCGCUGUUUACAAGGGCACAGUUUCCACCCAGUCAUCCAGCCCAGUCCACAGUCACACAUCACGCUCAGUUUCCAGUCCAGCAGCAAUCCCACUUUCCCGUCAGUCAACAACUUAAGUUUCCAGCCGCUCAACCAAUGUCUCAUAGAACUCACUCUCUCGGAGCUCAGUCAAUCUUCUUUCCAGUCGGUCCGUUCUCAGAUUCUCAAGAAGUAGUGUUCACUGGUGCCCAGCCAAGGCAUUUCCCAGCAUCUCAACAUUCACAAUUUCCGGGCACACAACCCCAGUUUCUAGUUACUCAUCCUCAAGCACCGCCUACACAAAACCAGUUACCGGUCUCUCAAGUCCAGUUUCCAGUAGCCCAGCCCCAGUUUCCGGUCAAUCAAGCCCAGUUCCCAGUCUCCCAAGCUCAGUCCCCAGUCCCACAACCAACUCAGUUUUCAGUCGCACAGCCAGCACAGUUCCCCGUUUCCCAAGCUCAGUUCCCAGUCUCACAGCCUGCCCAGUUUCCAGUCUCUCAACAAGCCCAGUUCUCAGCCAUUCAACAGCCUCAGUUCCUCACAGCUGAGACAGAUUCUCACGAAGUUGGUCGUUCAAAAAGUCACAAACAUUCUCAUCAUUCCCGCCACUCGAGGCGUCAGGGAGGGGCCGCAUCUUCCCCUCGACAGGGUCUUCCAGGUCUGGCCAGCUCCCCACUGCCGUCCCUGCUUUCCGGGAUAGCUUCGUCUUCAUCUCGUCCCUCCACCUCCCCCACCGCUCCCCGAACCAGUCAGACGAGUGAGGAACAAAGCUCAGAGGACAGCGGGACACCGUCCGUCAGCGACUCUUCUUUGAGAAAGGGCCGCCGAAGAGGAGACAGGCGAAGACCAUCGUUCCUAAGCAGACUCCUCGAGAACCCAGAGAUGGCCAUUCGCUUCCUGCGUCUGCUAGGUGGUGGCAUCGAGGCCCUUGGUGGGAGUGGAGGCCGUGGUGGGGGUGAAGGGCUUGGCGGACUGUUGGAUUUGCUGCAGGGUGGUGGUGGUGGUGGAGGGCUUGGUGGACUCCUGGAUUUGCUGCAGGAUGGCGGUGGUGGAGAUCUUGGUGGACUCCUGGAUUUGCUGCAGGGUGGCGGUGGUGGAGGGCUUGGCAGACUCCUGGAUUUGCUGCAGGAUGGCGGGGACGGAGGUCGUGGGGGUGGCCUUGGUAGACUCCUGGAUGUGCUGCGUGGUGGCGGUGGUGGAGGUCUUGGUGGACUCCUGGAUGUGCUGCGUGGUGGCGGUGGUGGAGGUCUUGGUGGACUCCUGGAUGUGCUGCGUGGUGGCAAGAAGCGGGGACGGGGCAAAGGUGCACGCCAGAAUGCUGAUGUGGGCCCUGAGGAAGAGUCCGGACCUCCCGUACUUGUAUUUGUGGACGACAACAACGCUCCCCCGAAGACACAGCCACUGUCUUCCAACACUCAGGCAUCGUCCGGCGUCGUUCGUUCUCUGCUCAACGCUUUCGCAGCUCAGCGAUCCCCGGCUGUGGCCAGCUACCCAGCGCCAGCCGCCGCCACUCAGGCUACUGCCAAGACCCAGCAGCCUAGCAAUGCCCAGUCCCUCGUCAACACCAACCUGCAGACACUCAUCAACUCCCAGUCACUGCUGAACGCACAGCUUCUCCUUAGCACACAGUCACUGCUCAAGGCUAAGUCAUCACCUGAACACAAGAAGUCACCCACCACUACCACGCCCGUCCCGCCCAAGGCAGUCGACGGGCCGGGUUCGGGGAGUGACGUGGGUGGAGCUGCCUUGAGGAACGCCAGAGUUACCUCAGACCACAUCUUGGGAUCGAUCCUGAACAACGCGGUAGAGUUUGACUCACCCAUGCUACAGCAGUCGCUUCUCCGGGACAUCAGUGUGUCUCUGGGCUCUCCUACGGUGAGUGAUUCUUCACUCAGCGUGAACAGGGAGUCAAGGGAGCGAGGGACCUCCUUCCUGGAUGAACGUGAAGCCCCAGCAAGCUCAUUCCUGGACAGACUUUUUGAAGACCCGGAAACAGCCAGGACCCCAGCGCCAAUUGCUGCCGCUCAACCCAAGACACAGCAGCCCCACGAUGCCCAGUUCACCGCCAACCUACAGACCCUCAUCAACACCCAGUCUCUGCUGAACGCCCACCUGCUCCUCAGCACUCAGUCACUGCUCAAGACUCGUUCAGUGAAGCCCGAGGAGUCACCCCUCCCUCCCCGCACUCCCCGACCAGGACACUCCACCGGCUGUGCCCAGGUUCAGCAGGUACAGUUCCCGGUUACUCAUCAAAUCCAGCUUCCACCCACACGACAAGCUCAGUUCUCUGGCACUCCUGUCCAGUUUCUAGCCGUUUCCAGUGCCCCAGCUGUGGUCAGGGUCCCAGCGCCAGCCCCUGCCGCCCAGGCUGCGGCCAACACCCAACAGUCGAGCAACGCUCAGUCUGUCGCCAACCUGAAGACACUCAUCGACACCCAAUCAUUGCUUAACGCUCAGCUGCUCCGCAAUACAGAGUCACUGCUCAAGGCUCAGUCAUCCCCCGACCAAGGAGGGUCAUCCGGCACCUCCACCCCCAGUCCCUCUGACAGCCGACACACCCACCAGUCACAGGAUACUCUCCUAGUCUCCAGGUCACAACACGCAGACCACUGA